UUCAGAAAAGAAAAACCCCUAUAAAUUGGGACCUAUAGCACCAUUCAUCUCACUUUUGUCUCAUAUUCUCUCCUAUAUUAUUCCAAGAAAGGAAAAGGAAAAAAUGGAGGAGAAAAGGGCCAAGUCUUUUUGGAUGGUCUUUAUGGUGCUGAGUUUGCUUGUAGGGCAGUCUUAUGCAGGUUCUUUCAGUGAUUGCUACAAAGGUUGCUUCCUUAUAUGUGUAAUCACACCUGGUGGUUCUAUCUUUAACUGUGCUACUAAGUGUGUCAAAGAUUGCAUCUUGCAAUCAUCAUCUAUCAAUUCUUUAGAUGAUAAACUACAAACCCAAUACUUCUGCAAGUUUGGCUGUGCUUCCUCUUUGUGCACCAACCUCAGCUCCAAAAGUGAUCCUGGGGAAAAGAAAGUGGCAAGCUGUGUGAAUUCCUGCUCAAACAGAUGCACCAAGAACUGCUCCCCAUGAAGAGUUGGUGUCUUAAUUUGUAACUGUUGUUAUUACUAGUUUUAAAGAUAACAGAUAAACCUUGAGACUAAACUAUGUUUGGUCUGUUAUUCUAGUGAAAAAGAAAGACGAUACAUUAAUAUACAGCAUAUUUGCAGUU